GAACGUAAACAUAACAAUUAGCUCUCGAGUGUUGUGUUUAUCACCACCUGAAGAUUCUCUGUCUUCUCCUCCGAUCCUCGUCGCUCUCUGGUCCAAAUGGCGGAAGCUGUAUCUGCUAAAACUCCGUCUCUCUCUGAGCAAUAUCAUUUGGAGAAUGAAGUGAAGCAAGUUAAAGAGGAUCCUAGUGACAAAAACACUAGUGAGGAGACUCCUGAUGAGAUCACGCUUAAGACAGCUCCUGCUGAUUUCCGUUUCCCGACCACAAACCAAACGAGGCAUUGUUUCACACGUUACAUUGAGUAUCACAGAUGUGUAGCUGCUAAGGGUGACGAUGCUCCAGAAUGCGAUAAGUUUGCAAAAUUUUAUCGAUCUCUUUGCCCCAGCGAAUGGGUUGAUAGGUGGAACGAGCAAAGAGAGAAUGGAACUUUCCCUGGUCCUCUUUAAGACAACUCCCGCUUGAUGAAUAAGCCUAUCCCAUCGUCCUCUUUUGCUGUCUGCAGAAUUUAAUAAAAUGUGAGAAUUCAACAAUUUUUUUAUUAUCUCAAAUUUUUUAUUUUUUAUUUUUUAUUUUUUAUUUUUUAUGAUCAACUCAAGUUUUGAGGAUCAUCCAGUUCUUCUGAUAUGUUUUUCUUCCUGAUCAAUAUGCUUUGCCACGGCGAGCUUCAUUUUUUUAGUACCGGAUACAUAUUUUUUAA